CAUGAUGAGCGAUGCGGAACCCACUGUUGAAAUCGUCGAUGUCCUUGUUAUUGGCGGAGGACCUGUCGGUCUCGUAACAGCCCUGCAACUUGCCCGUAAUCUCCCCAACCACCGUGUAAAAAUCAUUGAGAAGGAGAGCAAAUCUGCACAGGAUCAGUAUGGCCGCGCCAUCACACUAUACCCACGAUCCAGCGAGAUGCUCGAUCAGCUGGGUCUGGCGGACUCGCUUGCACAGCAAUGCUUCGCAUGUCGAUCUACGGUGAAUUACGACAAGAAUGGGAACGAAGUGCCAGGCAGGGGCUGGAGCUUUAUGGAGAACAUGAAUGAUACCAAGUGGAAUUUCGCGCUGGUGCUGCGACAGAAGUAUCAAGAAGAGAUCUUCAGGCAAGCGUUGGCCGAGGAGGGUGUGCAAUUGGAGUCUGCUUGGGAGCUGACAAAGAUCGACAUAGUGGAAGGCGUGGACAUGGGCGGGCAUAGAGUCAUUGGAACCAUGGAAAAUCGAGCAAGGCAAGAAACAAAACUGGUCAAAUGCAGAUACCUCAUAGGUGCGGACGGCGGACGAUCAUUUGUAAGAAGAGCGAUGGACAUCCCGUUCGACGGGACUUCAAGUGAAGACAAAUGGGUACGGGUGGAUGGCGUGGUCGAAACCGAUCUACCAAAACCGAGAACAUACUGUGCUAUAGAGAGUCCGACGCAUGGAAAUGUGUUGUGGGCAGCUCUUGACCGAGGAGCAACGCGAAUCGGUUAUGCUUUCACGCCAGCAACACAGCAGGCGUACACGGUCUUCGAUGAGGAUGCGGCGGUGAAAGAAGCAGUAGCUGCCGUGAAACCUUUCUCUCUAAGCUUCAAACAGGUGGAUUGGUGGACGAUCUAUGUGGUUGGGCAGCGCAUCGCCCGCUCAUUCUUCGUCGAGGACUGCAUUUUCCUUGCAGGCGACUCUUGCCACACGCACUCCUCGGGUGCAGCGCAAGGAAUGAACACUGGUCUCCACGAUGCCGUUAACCUGGGAUGGAAGCUGUCCCUGGUGCUUCAGGGACUCGCCAAAGCAGAUGUAUUGCACACAUACGAGAAAGAGCGAUUGCCCAACGUUCAGCGAUUGAUCAACUAUGACAAGGACAUUGCACGGCUCAUGACGAUGCACUUGCCGGAGAAUUGGACGGGCGAUGCAGAUGCAGACCCCAACGAGAUACUCGGCAAGGUCAUGGCAGAGGCUGGCACCUUUACUAGUGGACUGGGCAUCUUCUACGAGCCGGACGAUUACCUUAAUGUCAACCAAUUCGCGCGUCUGUCGUCGAUUCUACCAGGGCAGCGCGCACCUGACGUGAAGCUUCAAAAGCCCGCGACGUUUGAGGACACUCGGUUACAAAGAGAAACCCCAAAUGUGGCACGAUUCUACAUUGUCAUGUUUGUUGGCCGAGUAGAGAAGACAAAAUCCAGGCUCACAGCAUUCGAUGAAUCGGUAGCGAGGUUUCCCUGGCUGUUUGAUUCCAAGUAUCCUAUCUCGUGGCUUUCUGUCUUCGGUGGGCCCGGUGGUGCUUCAGCGUAUGAGAUAAUGGGUGAUAUGCCACACGGUAGAGUCUUGUAUGAUGAGGACUGGGUUGCACACAACCGGUACGGAAUUGGGGCAGACCAGGGUGCUGUGAUGAUUAUACGGCCUGAUGGAUGGGUUGGAUCGGUUGUAGAGCUGGGAGAGCAAGGCGGCCAGGGGUUGGAAAGGUACUUCAAAAGGUUUUUGAUUCUGGGAGACGAAUUAAGUAGAUAAGUAGGAUGAAUAUAGAUCCU